CGGCGCUGACGUCAGUGGCCGCCGCGGCCGAGCCCCCCACGCUCCCUCGGCCCACGUGACCGGCCGCCGCCCGCCCGCGCCCCUCGCCGCCGUCCCGGCCCGCUCCGCUCCGCUCCCCGCGAAGAUGGCGGCCUGCAGCCUCCUCCUGCCGCCGCGCGGCCCCCGCAUCCUCCUGGCCGCCGCGCGGGCCGCCCGGACGGAGAUUUGUGGGUGCUAUUUUUCUACCAGCUGUCAACGCAACACCAAGUUUUAUACUGAUCCUGUGGAAGCUGUAAAAGAUAUACCCAGUGGGGCAACUAUACUUGUUGGUGGUUUUGGAUUGUGUGGGAUCCCUGAAAACCUCAUAGGGGGUCUGCUGAAGACUGGAGUAAAGGAAAUAACUGCUGUCAGUAACAAUGCAGGUGUUGACAAUUUUGGACUUGGUCUUCUGCUUCAGACUAAGCAGAUAAAACGCAUGAUAUCAUCAUAUGUUGGAGAGAAUGCUGAAUUUGAACGCCAGUAUUUAUCUGGUGAGCUUGAGGUUGAACUUACACCUCAGGGUACGCUUGCUGAACGCAUUCGAGCAGGAGGAGCAGGAAUCCCAGCAUUUUACACCAGCACCGGCUAUGGGACACUGGUGCAGGAAGGGGGGGCACCUAUCAAAUACAACACAGAUGGUACCGUUGCCAUUGCCAGCCAGCCAAGAGAGGUGCGAGAAUUUGAUGGUCGUCACUUUAUUAUGGAGAAGUCAAUUACAGGGGAUUUUGCUCUUGUGAAGGCAUGGAAGGCUGAUCGUGCAGGAAACAUCAUUUUCAGGAAAACUGCAAGAAACUUCAACCAACCUAUGUGCAAAGCUGCCAAGACAACUGUGGUGGAGGUGGAAGAAAUUGUUGAUAUAGGAGCAUUUGCCCCAGAAGAUAUUCAUGUUCCCAAAAUCUAUGUUGAUCGUCUGAUUCAAGGAGAGAAGUUUGAGAAGAGAAUUGAACGCUUAUCAAUCCGAAAGCCUGAAGACUCAAAAACCAAACAAAAACAAGGAGACAAUGUGAGGGAGAGGAUCAUCAGACGAGCCGCUUUAGAGUUUGAGGAUGGCAUGUAUGCGAAUCUGGGUAUUGGAAUCCCGCUGCUGGCCAGUAACUUCAUCAGUCCAGAUAUAACUGUUCACUUACAGAGUGAAAAUGGAGUCCUGGGUUUGGGUCCUUAUCCACUUGAAAAUGAAGUGGAUCCAGACCUGAUUAAUGCAGGAAAGGAGACAGUCACUGUUCUUCCAGGUUCUUCCUAUUUCUCUAGCGAUGAAUCAUUUGCAAUGAUAAGAGGAGGUCAUGUUGACCUGACAAUGCUUGGAGCUAUGCAGGUGUCCAAGUAUGGUGACCUGGCCAACUGGAUGAUUCCUGGUAAGAUGGUGAAAGGCAUGGGGGGUGCCAUGGACCUGGUAUCCAGUGCACAGACGAAAGUGGUUGUCACCAUGGAGCAUUCAGCCAAGGGCAAUGUCCAUAAAAUCCUGGAAAAAUGCAAUUUACCACUUACUGGGAAACAAUGUGUAAAUCGCAUCAUUACAGAGAAGGCUGUGUUUGAUGUGGACAAGAAGAAGGGACUGACCCUUGUGGAAAUCUGGGAAGGACUGUCAGUGGAUGAUAUCAAGAAAAGCACUGGCUGUGACUUCACAGUUUCGCCAAAGCUCAUACCAAUGAGGCAGAUUUAAACCUGAAAUACAGACUGGGCUUGACUUGACAGAAGGCUUGUCUCCAAAUGGGAGCUCAGUGAAGAGAAAUUGAUGUGUGUUUUGCAGUUUUACUUUUUUUUUCUUUUUUUUUUAAGGGCUUUGUAAGUAGUUUCCGGGUAGUCAGGCUGUGACUAGCAGCCUAAAUUGUAUUUUUACUUCAUAUAACUUUACCAACUUUAAUGGAAGGGUGAAUUUAUUCCCUAAAUUUUGAAUAACAUUGUACUAAAAUGUUAGUGAACAUUGUCACAAAAAUGCCUUGUAGUCUCUCUGCCAAAGACUACAUUUUUUAAAGAGAGAUUCAGAAAAUGCCUGUGCAGACUUAUAAUUGCCUCUGCUUUUGCUAAUGUCAUUAAACCUACAAAGCACUCCUUUGCCCUGGAACUACAGCACUUACUAUGUUAAUUCUCCUGUAAAACUGUGGGUUUCUUCUGGAGUGGUGUAUAACAAAUGUACGCAGCUGUAGAGAGGCAGCUGGAAUAUGGACUUCUCUUUCCUGACCUUUUAAUGAGUCUGUGAUGAAACUGUUUAUAUCCGUGGAAACUGGGUCCUCAACCCUGAAUGUGUCUGCUGUUUCCACAACGUCUUUGUGCUGGCAUUAAGAAGCCGAGUCCUCCCAAAGUCCAGCUCUGACCCCUUCUAUUUAAAUGGUACAAACUAGAAUGGGGUUUGUCUGAAGGAGAAAAAUAGAAGGCCCCAUCUCUGUCCAGACAACCGAUAGCUGCACAGUUGUCCUGUGUGAACCACUGUCACUCUCUAGAUACAAUCCUUCUCCUCCCCAGCCUACAUUCAAAGGCAAAUGAAGAUUGUUUUUGGUGAGAGGUCUGUCCUUCCAGUGCUACGGAGAGGAACAGGCAAGGUGGGCACUUAGAAGAUUUGUUCUAAAGGAAAUAUGAUUGGUUGAGUGUAAAAGCAGUAAGUUUGUACCACUUGCUGAUCAAGGCAUCAGCAAAAAUUAAAGCCUUUGGAGCUCAGACUCCUGAUAACUAGAAUGCAUGCGCUGAGACCAUCAAAAUGGAAAGUCAUUCUCUCAUACUGGUUCUGGUAUAUGGUAAAUAUUUCCCUUUUCCUGUUCUUAAUUAUGAAGUGACUUGUUUUUGCAAAUACGUAGCAUAAUUAUGACUAUAUUGGAUCCCACAUCCCAGAUCAGCACAAUAUACUCUUAUGGUAUAGUGCAUGAGUUGACUGAAAAUCUGCAGUUACUAAAAUACAAUACUCUUUAAAGGUACGAUGGUUUUUAUCAUUCAUCUGAAUAGAAACACUUAAAACACUUUCGUUAAAAUAGUUCUUGAUGUAUGUCUGACAUCAGCACUGGAGCAUGUUAAGUAACUGAAAAACAUGUAAAAUAUACCUGCACAAAUAAAUAUACAUAUGCUUAUCAUGCAUACAUGAUGAGCAGUGUUGGGAUAUGGUACAGAAGGAAUGCUAGAUGGAUGACAUAUUCCCUGUGUUCAGUGCAUCUUGUGGAAGGAAUAUAACACAUUUCUAGGGAACCAGAUGUGAAAUUCCUGCAGUACCUAGCUCUUCUGUGGCCUUGGGCAGGUUAAUUAGCCUUUGUCCUGCAUUUUUUCUGUCUUAAAGUAAGAAACACUUUUCUUUCAUGGAACAGUUAUCAAACUAGUCUUGAUGCACAUUUGAGUUUUACAGCAGUAAAACUGUUUUGAUUAGAGAGAUUACUUUUGUUUAGUGGGACUUACUCUAAACGUUUCUUUGAUAAUCUCUUGUCAAUGCCAGAAUAGGUUACCUUUCCUCCCAGAAAGGAAUAAGAAAAAUACCUUUGUAAGCACCUUUAUACUAGUACAAAGUACCUCCCAUACUAGGUUGUAGGACUUGAACCACACUGCUCUAAUGGGUGGUAGGCCAUUGUAUAGCCUGAAUGUGUAGGCAAGACCCAGUGUUUUGGGCACAUGAAAAAGAAAUGUGUUGUGCAAGGGCUGAUUUGGUUAAUAUUUCAUUUGUGUGUAGGAUUUGAACCUACAUUGAUCAAAGUGCUCCAGAAUAUCUUAACCCAGGAUUAGCACAAUCUUUUAGUUUUCAGUCAUUUUCUCUAUUUAGGCAUAUUCCCUGUGGUAUUCACUGCUUCCAGAAAAGUUACUUUCUUAAAGUUUGGCCAUUUCUAUUGCUAUGUAAUAAUCUAAGGGUUGGACUUAAAUUCUACUCACUGAGGUUUUGCAGAUUAAAAGUCUCACUAUAACAGAAGGUGACUGUAUGGUAGCCCAGUAUGAAACAAUUUUCGUUUUGGCUAGAGCGGCCAAGAGACCUUUGAGUCAGUCCCUAGUGAGAUUUCACUGACAACUGUACUGUGGUGCUGUACAGAGCAAAAGGUGCCUCUUGUUGCCUUCAGAGCUGCAGAUGGGUUGAGAGCUAUGCCGAGGGCAUGGAUGGGAUCUCAGGAGGAUUCUAGUUCAUCAUCAUCCUUCAGAGGUCUAGUAGAGAGCACUUAGAGUGGAUGCUGUUUUUAGGGGGGGAUAUUAUGCAAGGGGGAAGAGGGAGUUGCUAUUAACUUAUCCAGAUAAAAAACUAUAUAUUUAAAUACGUGGGGAAAUCUUAAAGAAAAUCAAAAAAUGAAAUGUUGAUCUAUUGCAAUUACCUGUGUUACAUUAAUCUUAGUACUGAGUAGUUAAUUAGAGCGUACAUUUAUCAGCCUAUGUAAGGUACAGGAGGAGUAUCUAAGGGUAGCAGCAGGUACAUGUUUCUUCUUCCAUAGAAUUAUGCUUUGCUGGCAUACGCACAGAAGCCACAGUUGUCAUUAAACUAUGGCUAUAAAAAACUAAUGAGCUGAUAAUGUCUAGGAGUUCAGUUCCUUGGUUUCCAGAGUAAAGAAUUAGGAUCCAAGAACUCCUGAGUUUCAGCUUUUCUGAUUCUCCAUUCAUUGCCUUGAGAAAUGUACUCUCUGCCUCACUUCCUGCAGCUGUGAAAGAUGUUUUGCUUCCUACCUCACAGGGAUGUUGUGAGGAUUAACCAGCUAAGGUCUGUACAGCAGGUUAUUUUUUUCUCUUUAGCUUGGAUAUUACACUUGAUCAAGAGUGUGGAAGAGUACUUGAAGUUUGUCAUACAUGCUGGAUAUUUAGUUCUGUGUCUUCUCUUAUUUGUAUCGGUGUAAUGCAAGACAACAAGAGUCAAUAUGGGGCUGAAAAUUGGGGAAGAAAGAAGAACAGGCUCUCUCAGUACACAACAGUGGUGCAAAUAUCUGUAUGUCAUACUCAAAUUUUUUAUCUUAGGAAUAUUAUAUUGUAGUAGGAUACUGGUAUUAUUAUGAAAAUGUCAGGUGUUCCCACAAGCCAAAUGCAAGAAGCUGUGACUGCAUUUUUUUAAGGAUUGUAAAGUAGGGUUAGAAAUUAAAACACUCCAGAAGGAUUUCCUUUUCUGUGGAAGCAAGUGUGGUUCAUAGCUACUGAAAGGUGUACUCCAAGCACUAGUUGUGAUGAUCAGUAUUAUGAGGAUGAGAGACUCCUGUUCCUCUUUCUCUGCCAUGGCUGUAAGAAAAAUGGUAUGCAUGAGGGUUUAUUGAGGUAUCACAGAGAUCAUCCCCUGGUUGACAGCAUUUCACAAGAUGAGGACAGCUGAUGCUGUGUCCUGAAAAGGUGAUGAUUCUGCCAUAUGAUCACGUUGGACUUAUUUCCUAUUAUAUUUUAUUGACUUUUGCCCCUGAGAAAUAAAAAAUGAAAGGAUUAUAUAAAAUGUAAUUAUACUGUAAGCUCUGUAAACUAUAUGUCAAAGUCCUUAUAUGUACUUGCAAAACAAUCAAUAUAAAAUGAUGUAAAAUCCCA